AUGAGGCAGGCUGUGGAAGCCGAGAGGGUGAUGUCGUCCCCUAGACCGAGUGACCAUGGCCUAAGGCAGAUCCUGUCUGACGUGGUAGAGGAGGUGAAACAUUCCAUCAGGAAGGAAAUCAACGGGACAGAGCUCCUAAACAGCCUCCUCAACGCCCCAUGGCUUAAGUCUCUGCUCCAAGUGUAUGAGUGUCUGCGGCAGCACCAGAGAGAGCCUCCUGCUCCCUUCCUACCGUACACAACACAGCUCAUCCAACAGAUUCUGGCUGACCUGAGAACAGUUCGGAACACUUCUGCUGAGGCCAGGGAGCUUUACAGUCUCCUCAGGGGACCACACUUCCAGGCUCUGACAUCAGCCCAUGAUACGGUGGCCCAGAAGGACUAUGACCCUGUGCUGCCUCCUAUCCCUGACAACCUCGCUGACGAUGAGGAGGCCAUGAGGAUAGUCUGUCUGGCGAAGAACAAGCAGCAGCUGGGAGCCACGAUAAAGCGAAAUGAGAUAACAGGGGAGAUCUUUGUGGCACGGGUGAUCCAUGGAGGACUGGCGGACCGCGACGGUCUGCUGCAUGCAGGGGACAGGAUCACAGAGGUGAAUGGCUACUCUCUAGAUGGCCUGGAGCCUGAGCAGGUCAUUGAGAUACUGGCCCGGUCUCAAGGCACUCUCAUGUUCAAAGUGGUUCCCAUCACAGAUAGCCCAGUCAACAACCAGAUGAUGCUGUAUGUGCGUGUCAUGGCAGACUACAGUCCCCAGCAGGACCCGGCCAUCCCCUGCGCCGAGGCAGGUAUGGACUUCAGGAAGGGAGACCUGCUGGAGAUCGUGGACCAGUCAGACACCCUCUGGUGGCAGGCCAAGAAACUACCCAGCACCUCGGCACCCUGUGCUGGACUUAUCCCCUCCACCAACCUGCUCAGGAGGAAACAGAAAGAGUUCUGGUGGUCUCAGCCCUACCAGCCGCACACCUGCAUCAAACCCUGUGAGUAUAAGGGUGAGUUCAGCACUAACAUCGAGGGGAUCUAUCUGACUGGGUUCAGACGUAGCCUGCGUCUGUGUCGGCGGCAGUCCCUAAGCACAGGCUCCAGUCAGCAGUCCUGCUACACCCGCUGCUCCGGCAGCUGCUACAGUGCCCUCAACAACCCAUACGAAGAGGUGGUACGAUACCAGUGCAACCCGCAGGACAAGCACCGCCUGGUCGCCCUGGUGGGUCCCUCUGGCAUUAGAGUGAACGAACUUCGCAGACGGUUGAUCGAAAUCAACCCAGUGACCUUUCAAGGGGCAGGGCCUCACACGACACGAGCCGCUAAGAGCCAUGAGGAGUCUGGUAAAGAGUAUCACUUCAUCAACAGAGAACUGUUUGAGAACAUGGUUUACAACAACAAGUUUCUGGAAAACGGGGAGUACAAAGGUAAUUUCUACAGCACUAGUCUUGAUGCUGUGAAGGAUGUUUUGAACAGUGGAAGGAUCUGUGUCAUCGAAAUCGAGCCUCAGGCCAUCCAGUCAGUGAGGACACAUGAGCUCAAGGCCUACAUCAUCUAUGUGAAGCCGCCCACCGCAGAACGCAUGAAGGAGACCAGAAAGGACGCUCAGAUCACCACAAACUACUACGUCAACAUCCCUUUCAAAGAGGAAGACUUCCAGGAGAUUGAGGAGGCAGCCAGAAAGAUGGAGUCUCACUACUGCCAGUUCUUUGACUGUGAGGAGGGCUCAGGACGAGCCACAGUGGGUUCCUGCCAACUGGAUAUGACCCACAGAGGAGUUUUGAUGAGAAAUGAGGAGAGGAGAGGACAUAAAAGGAUAACAAACAGGGCAUCGUAAAAGAGGGAAUGGAGAACAACAUGGAUGAGGAGUGUCUGUCACCUUUGGUUGCUACUUUUGAAGAUACCCCUCUGCUCUCCAGUGGAAUUUGUUUUGGAUUGGAUUUAUUGUUUUGUUUUGUUUAGUGUGAGUUUGAGUUUGAGAGACUCAUACAGAUACUGUCCUUGUGUCUGCUUGAAUCUGUUGUUGACUAUUUUGCCUAUUCAAGGCUAUGAUGGCGCUGGAUUAAACCAAAAAUCAUGUGUCUGUUUUUCUCUGAAAUUGUGUGCAUAGUUGGAGAUAAUGUAUUGAUGUGCUACAUAGGCAUGCUAUGAGAGGUUGUAGGUUAACCUCUCAUCUUUCGUUUACAAUUAAAGCAAAUAAUUGUCCAUGCUGAAUUUCUGUAUUUCUGUUUUUAUUUGAUUUAAUAAAAUGAAUGUUAAUGCCAAAGAACGUAUAUCCAAGUGCUCUAGAUUGGUACGAUGUUUCAGUAGGAAGGUGAGCAAGUAAGUGGAGUUGUGUGCUCACCAUUGAACACAAUGUUUUCAUAAUACUGAAGGAUACCUUCAGCACAGGCUGUAAUCCCAGGCUAUUAUUAUACCGAAUAUUUUUUGUGUAAC